UGCCAAAAUAUCAAUAUCUAAUUGUCAGUGUCAAAUCUUUUCAAACAAAAAUUAUAAAUACCUACGAGUUCCGGAAUCUACAAAAUAAAAACAAAUGUACUUUAUAAGCAUAACUAGUUGUAUGAGAAAAAAUAUAAAUAGUUUCGGCAGUCUACACUAAAGUAGCGUAGCGAAUAAAACCUAAAUUCAUUUUCAUGGGAGGGGAAGUCUGUCCAGCUGUUUUGAAAGCUGCGUAAAUAUAAUAAUAAAAGAAUAAAAUGUGCAAAAGUUAUAAUUAUAAACUAUAGGAAAUUAACAUAUAAUAAAAAAAAUGCAUAAGCAAUAAAUAAUUAUUGUCGAAAAAUGUGAAACUAAAUCAUUGAUAAUAUUAUUUAUUACUAUGAAAAUGCCAAAAAAAUUAGUCUUUUUGAUUAUUAUCGCCUUAUUAUCACUGUUAAUAUGGAUUUACCACACUUCAAAUUUCAAAUACAACAAUACUAUCCUCGUUUUAAAACAAAACAACUAUUUCCGAAGUACUCUCUCACAACCUUCCAAUACAUCUUGUAAUCGAAAUCCAUUUCUUGUGAUAAUCGUCACCUCAUAUGUGGGACAUGUUGAACUCAGAAGUGCUCACAGAAGGGCAAUGCCUCCAGAAUACUUAUCAUCUCUAAGAGUGACAAGAGUAUUUUUGUUAGCGAAAAUUCCACCAAAUGAAAGGUAUAUAACGCAAGAAGCUAUCAUUGAUGAAAGUAAUACAUUUGGAGAUAUACUCCAAGGCUCUUUCUAUGAAAACUACAGAAAUCUCACAUACAAACACCUCAUGGGAUUAGAGUGGGCAUCAUCUACUUGCAGAAAUGCAACCUACAUACUAAAAGUUGAUGAUGAUAUUGUUUUCAACUUUAAUCGUACCUAUCAUUUUCUUAAAAAACUACCAAAAGGAGACAGAAAUCUCUUAAUGGGUUAUAUUUUAAAUAGUACUGUUCCGAAAAGGAAUAAAGAAAACAAAUGGUUUGUUACAUUUGAAGAAUAUAACAGAAAUAUAUACCCACCAUAUUUAUCUGGCUGGUACUACAUCGUCAGUCCAAAAAUUGCAUCUAUGAUAUGUGAUGAAGCAAUGUACAACACAUUUUUCUGGAUAGAUGAUAUUUUUGUUACUGGCCUCCUGACUGAGUCUCUUGGCUUAAAAUUGAAAGAACUCCCUAAAAACUAUUGGUUGGAGUAUUAUGAACUUCUUGAAUGUUGCCUUCGAGAUAUGAUUAAAAAAUCUAUAAGAUGUGACUAUGUUGUUGGCCCUAAUGGAGGUAGGAACAAUUUAAUAGUUGAAUUUAAUGAAGCUUAUAGUAAUUGCCAAAAAAAAAAUUGUACAUUGAGGCCAAAAGACCAUGAAUUAAAGACAGAGUGUGUUGUGUAUAAAGAUAGAGAUAUAUUUAGUGAUGGAGAAGCUGAAGUGUACAGUAUUAACUUGUAAAUAGAAAAGUUUAUCAAGAAAUUUAAACAAUAUACAAGGCAUUACACUAUCAGUAUCAAAUGCCCAUCAAAGCUAACAAAGAAUACAAAAAAUGAUAAACAAAAUUUACCAAUCUACAAUGGAGAAGCAUGAGGUAAUAAGCAUAAAGCAGCAUUUACAGCAGAAAACGGCCUAUACUAAUCAGUUUGACAUUAACUGGUUCAGUUUGUAUAAGAAACAAUUUCUUUAUAUAUCUAGUGAUAGAUGGCUUUGUAGUCACAAAUAUUUCACCAGCUACCUGCUUUUACAGUUUUUAAAUAUUUAUUACUAUUUAAUUAUUCUUGAAUUUUAUAUUCUUUAGAAUACUGUGAUCACUUUUGUCUGUUUUAACUAUAAAUAUACUUGAUAUAGAUGUAAA